UCUCUAAUUAAUCCCAUCUUAACUCCUUAAUUAUCCCAGUAAUUAAUCACAAUGCCUGGUUUAGUUUCAAUCAAAACACCGCCAGAAGCACCAGCAUUACGAAUAUCCGUUCCCACCGGGUCGGGUACAGUUAGAUCCGAACAAAUUAACCCGAAAACAAACUCACCUUUGCCACGUAGACCUCCUUCUCCUUCACCAUCAUCACGUGCAAAGCCAUCACCGGAUCGGAGCUCCGGUAAGAAGAAAUCACCACCCGAAAAGAUCGUAAUCGAUGAAUCGUCACUUGAUAAUCCGGAUCUAGGUCCGUUUCUGUUAAAGCUAGCACGUGAUACUAUUGCCUCUGGUGAAGGACCAAACAAGGCACUGGACUAUGCUUUACGAGCUGCGAAGUCGUUUGAGAGGUGCGCGGUUGACGGUGAGCCGAGUUUGGAUCUAGCUAUGAGUUUGCACGUUGUGGCAGCUAUAUAUUGUAGUUUGGUGAGGUUUGAUGAGGCUAUUCCGGUGCUGGAAAGGGCGAUUAAGGUGCCGGAGGUGUUGAGAGGUGCGGAUCAUGCUCUUGCAGCGUUCUCAGGGUAUAUGCAGCUUGGUGAUACCUAUUCUAUGCUAGGUCAGUUAGAUCGGUCGAUUGAGUCUUACAAGGAAGGGUUGAAAAUACAGAUGGAAGCUUUGGGAGACACAGAUCCAAGAGUUGCAGAGACUUGUAGGUACUUGGCUGAGGCCCAUGUUCAGGCAAUGCAGUUUGAUGAGGCCGAGAAUUUGUGCAAGAAAACAUUGGAAAUCCAUCGUGAGCACAGUCCUCCUGCUUCUCUUGAAGAGGCAGCUGAUCGUCGUUUGAUGGCUCUAAUAUGUGAGGCUAAAGGCGAUUAUGAGUCAGCCCUUGAACACCUCGUACUUGCCAACAUGGCUAUGAUUGCCAAUGGACAGGAUAAUGAGGUUGCAGCUAUUGAUGUUGGAAUAGGGAACAUCUACUUGUCAUUGUCUCGUUUUGAUGAGGCCGUGUUCUCCUAUCAGAAAGCACUCACUGUUUUCAAAUCAUCAAAGGGUGACAACCAUCCUUCAGUUGCAUCUGUCUUUGUUAGGUUGGCUGACCUAUACUAUAAGACAGGAAAACUGAGGGAAUCCAGAUCCUAUUGUGAAAAUGCCCUGAGAAUAUAUGCAAAACCUGUGCCUGGAACAACCCCAGAAGAUAUUGCCAGUGGAUUGAUGGAAAUUUCAGCAAUAUAUGAGUUAUUUAAUGAACCUGAGGAGGCGCUGAAACUGUUACUCAAGGCGAUGAAACUCUUGGAGGAUAAACCAGGACAGCAAAGUACCAUUGCUGGCAUAGAAGCACGAAUGGGUGUUAUGUUUUAUAUGGUCGGGAGGUAUGAAGAGGCACGGAGUUCCUUUGAAAAUGCAGUACUAAAACUUAGGGCCAGUGGUGAGAGGAAAUCAGCCUUCUUUGGGGUAGUUUUAAAUCAGAUGGGGUUGUCUUCUGUACAGUUGUUUAAAAUAGAUGAGGCUGCUGAGUUAUUCGAAGAAGCUAGAGAAAUUCUGGAACAGGAGUGUGGCCCUUGUCAUCAAGAUACCCUUGGUGUGUACAGCAAUCUUGCAGCAACUUAUGAUGCAAUUGGAAGAGUGGAUGAUGCUAUUGAGAUUCUGGAGUACGUUCUUAAAUUGAGAGAAGAAAAACUCGGAACAGCAAAUCCUGAUUUCGCGGAUGAGAAAAAGAGGCUGGCUGAACUGUUGAAAGAAGCAGGCAGAUCUCGCAACAAAAACAUGAAAUCCUUAGAAAAUCUUAUUGAUCCGAACUCUAAAAGGACGACGAAGAAGGAGACCUCAUCAAAGAAGUGGUCUGCCUUUGGGUUCAGAAGUUAAUUCUGAAUAGCAAAAUAUUUUCUGUAACAUUGUAGAGGUAUGUAUAGAUCUAAUCAUUAAUCUGGUGAAGCCUAAUGGUUGUUGUCCUUUUGAAUUUUCAUCGAUCCUUGUUUUCAUUCAUCGCUUAAUUGGUUAUCGAUUUGUGAUUUAAAGAUGUCUCCGUUGUCA